AUGGACAACGAGAUCCCCCUCCCACCGCCACGGCGCAUCCGGCAUCGAUCGCCCGCACGCGCAAGCGGUUCCCCCGCUACCUCGCUUGCGUCGUCGUUCCGCAAAGCGCGUCGACUUUCGCGCUUCGAUGACCGCUCCAGUCAGCCAUCUAGUGAUCCGGCAUUGUUCUCUAGCGACGAUAUUCCUGCAUCGGGAUUGGAGAAUUAUCAUGCGCCUGCGGUGGGGGCUGGCCGGAAGAGGCGAUAUCGUGGGACGUGGUGGGGGGAGCAGGUGAUUGAUUCGAAGAGGAAAAGGCGGGAUUUCAAGGAGAAGCGCAAUGUUGAUAGUGGUGUUUGGAUGGGAAGUGAUGAGUCGGGUGCCGAUUCGCUUUUUCCUUCUGAGGAUGGUCCUUGGGGCGAGGAUCUGCUGAAGACGGUGCUUGAUCCUAGAACUCCUGGGAAGUCUGCUCAGGGCCCUUUGCUGCUUCCUAGUGGUAAGGCUGCGCCACCGGUUUAUCCUUUGCCCAUUUUAAAGGGGCCGAAUGAGUCGGAAGAACACCGGUUCGCGAGGUCGGUGGUUAAUGAUUGUUUAGAGAAAGGGGAGGAUAUUGUUGAUCUUGGGAACUUGAACUUAAGGAAUAUCCCAUCGGGUCUUCUCCAACCUCUACAGCACCUGACAAAGUUGCCUUCCAUAGAGCAGGCCCCCUUGUCUGAGAAUGUUUACUCCUCGCUGCAGCCUUUCCUCAGUAUUUAUCUCCCAGGGAACUCUCUGACCCAACUUCACCACGAGUUGUUUGAGCUGAGCGGCCUCAAAGUUCUCAGUGUGCGAAACAACGAACUCCACGAAAUCCCCUUCACAGUCCAGAAAUUAAAGGAACUGGAGGUCCUCAAUGUUUCUGUGAACAGACUGACUUAUUUGCCAUGGGAGCUCCUACGUCUACUCCAGCAUGGCGAAUUGAAACACAUGACCGCAUGUCCUAACCCAUUCCCGUCAAUCGAAGAGGCCGUCGUUGCCAAAUGGCAUCGCGAACCCGAAAAGAAGACCAAGGACCAACCUUACGAUGAAUACGACUCCGAACAAGAAGAACCUGAAACUACUCUUGAAAUCCCUCGAUUUGACAUUUACGAGGACUCUCCUCCACCUGAGGCAUGGACUACCAUUCAUGUCGCUACAGGGCCGACGACACGGUUGGACAUGGAAGGACGACCAAUCGAAGAGGUACCAGCCUUAAAUAUGAUCAUUCCAUCAGCGGAUCCAGUCACCACCGCUCCCUCUCUACGCGAAGUCGCACUCCGAGCGGUUUGCAAACUCCCUGACCUCGAGCACGUUACCGACGAAGAACUCGCAGAUUUCCCUGCUUUGGUGAUUCCGUUAAUGCAGCAGGUAAAGAAGAUUCGUGCCGCAGGUGGGCAGCAGUGCUCUGUUUGUCAGAAGGAGUAUAUCAUUCCUCGGACGGAAUGGCUCGAGUGGUGGGAUUGCACGCCUUAUGAAAAUGGUAUGAAGCUAGCACGAGCUUCGGGUGAGAAGCUUCGCCCGUUGCCGUUCAAACGGUAUGGCUGCAGUUGGGUCUGUGUCCCUUGA